AUGGCUACGACGACGUGUACGCGAUUCACGGACGAGUAUCAGUUAUACGAGGAGCUCGGCAAGGGUGCCUUUUCAGUCGUGCGCAGAUGUGUCAAGCUGUGCACGGGACAGGAGUACGCGGCCAAAAUCAUCAACACCAAAAAGCUCUCUGCCAGAGAUCACCAAAAGCUGGAACGAGAGGCUCGCAUCUGUCGCCUGCUCAAACAUCCCAACAUUGUCCGUCUUCACGACAGCAUAUCGGAGGAGGGCUUCCACUAUUUGCUCUUUGACUUGGUGACCGGGGGUGAAUUGUUUGAGGACAUCGUGGCCCGAGAAUACUAUAGCGAGGCCGAUGCCAGCCACUGUAUCCAGCAGAUCCUAGAGGCUGUGCUUCACUGCCAUCAAAUGGGCGUUGUGCACCGAGAUCUUAAGCCGGAGAACCUGCUCCUGGCUAGCAAAUGCAAGAACGCGGCCGUGAAGCUGGCUGACUUUGGACUGGCCAUUGAGGUGCAAGGGGACCAACAGGCCUGGUUCGGCUUUGCUGGCACACCGGGGUACCUGUCCCCCGAGGUCCUGAGGAAAGAGGCAUAUGGCAAACCUGUGGACAUCUGGGCCUGCGGGGUGAUCCUGUACAUCUUGCUAGUGGGUUACCCUCCUUUCUGGGACGAGGACCAGCACAAGCUGUACCAGCAGAUCAAGGCCGGGGCCUACGAUUUCCCUUCUCCAGAGUGGGACACCGUCACCCCGGAGGCCAAAAACCUCAUCAACCAAAUGCUGACCAUAAACCCGGCCAAGAGGAUCACCGCCCAGGAGGCCCUCAAGCACCCCUGGGUCUGCCAACGGUCCACCGUGGCUUCCAUGAUGCAUAGACAGGAAACGGUGGAGUGCCUGAAAAAGUUCAACGCCAGGAGGAAACUCAAGGGGGCCAUCCUCACCACCAUGCUGGUCUCUCGGAAUUUCUCCGCAGCCAAGACUUUGCUCAACAAGAAGGCUGAUGUCAAGCCUCAGACAAACAGCAAAAACGGCGUCACGGCCAGCCACAAAGGAAACGUCCCUUCACCUGCUCUGGAGCCUCAGACCACCGUUAUCCAUAACCCUGUGGAUGCGACUAAGGAAUCAUCGGACAGCAGCAACACCACCGUGGAAGAUGAAGAUGUAAAAGCCCGCAAACAGGAAAUCAUCAAGAUCACCGAGCAGCUCAUCGAGGCCAUCAACAACGGAGACUUUGAGGCUUACGCCAAAAUUUGCGACCCGAGCUUGACUUCUUUUGAACCCGAGGCACUCGGCAACCUGGUGGAAGGGAUGGACUUCCACAGGUUCUACUUUGACAACCUGCUGGCUAAAAACAGCAAGCCCAUCCACACCACCAUCUUAAACCCUCACGUGCACCUCAUCGGCGAGGACGCCGCCUGCAUCGCGUACAUCCGCCUCACGCAGUUUGUGGACGGACAGGGUCGACCGCAGUCCAGUCAGUCCGAAGAGACCAGAGUGUGGCACCGCAGAGACGCCAAGUGGCAGAACAUACACUUCCACUGCUCCGGGGCUCCGGCGGCGCCGCUGCAGUAG